AUGCAGUUUUGGCGCCCUGGUGAGGAAUUUCGUCCGGACAGAGAAGAAAUUCUUGCCGCUGGAAUACAAAAACCCCUGCUUUCAGAUCACCAGAGAGUGCGGGUGCUAUAUGCUCUUGAACAAGGCAAAAACGUUAUCAUACAAGGAGACCCUGGAACUCAGACAUCAAAGGUCAUCGCAAGUCACUUAGUUGCAGCCGGGUGGUCAUUAGACGGGCGUUGUGUCGCGGUUGCACUCCCACGCCAAGUUGCGGUGAUAAGCUCCGUUGUUCAUGUCGCUGAAGACAACUCUUUGGACGAAUCACAUCUGGGUGGUGAUCAUGUCGGCUUCGUAUUAGAAUCCAGCGUGAAGCGUUCAUCUACUACAAAACUAGUCUACUUCACUAAUCGCUCGUUGUUGCAGACUCUCCUGAAAGAACCGCUAUUGGGAUCUGUGUCCGUCGUCAUUGUAGAUCAAUUUCAUGAGCGCAGUAUCGGCGCUGACUUGUUACUAGCGUUGUUGAAGAAGGUUCAAAGGGUGCGCACUGACCUUUGUAUUAUUGUAAUAACUGCAGAGUUCACAGAUCGCAUAUGCUCUUAUCUCGGAAAGGCUCGCACUACACAAAUGUUCAUUGCACAGCGGGGAUUUCCAGUGAGUAUCUUCUACACAAAGCGCCCGGUUGAAGACUAUUUACAAACUGCCAUGAAGGUCAUCCAGGAUGCUUUCUUGCAAUGGAUUCGUGCUGGCCAACCAGAUUCGACGGGUGUACUCAUGUUCGUGCAGGGCACGGAAGAAGCAGAACUAUUUUGCAGUACCAUAAAUGAAUGGUCUAAAACAAACUCUGAAGUGCUGAGGAGCAAUGGUCCGAAAGAGUCUGACGGUUCAUUCAGAAAGAAAAAUGGAUCUGCGCAGCAGGUCUUGGCGGUUUCGCUUUAUUCUGGUCUUGAUGUCGGUCAACAACUUUCUGUUUUAUCGAAUGCAGUUAAUGAGAAUUGUCUGAAGGUUGUCGUUUCUACGAAUAUUGCAGAAACAACCGUGACUGUGCCAGGUAUUAGUACAGUUAUUGAUUGCGGGCUCGAAAGGGUUGAGAUGUUCGACCCACGUAUGAAAACAAGCUUCAUCUCCACAGUCCAAAUAUCAGCCACAUCCGCGCGAAGGAGGGCAGCCAGAGCUGGUAUUAAUCAACAUGGCAGUUGCUUCCGAUUAUAUACUCACGGUCACUUCAAAUCUGCUAUGGCGGAGAGCCGGCCACCGGCAGUCCUUCGCUGCGAACUUACGGAAAUGGUGCUAAUCCUGAAAGCAAUAGGUGUGGUUGAUGUCACUUCGUUUGACUUUCUCGAAAGACCAGAUGGUGGUCUAGUGAUCGACGCGCUUGAGCGCUUGUUUUUCCUGGGUGCUAUUUCCGGCACCGGUAGUCUCACCACAGAAACUGGUGUACGUAUUUGCCUAUCGUCUGCUAAUCCUCGCAUAGGCAAAUGCAUUCUUGUAGGGGAGUCUUACGGCAUCGGGCGCGUGAUGGCAGCAGUUGCAGCAUUGCUCGAAGUAAGGCAGGUGCUAUUUAACACAGGGCGCAGCAGCAGAAGCUCGAGAGCGCUAUUUUCCGUGGCGGAGGGAGACAUAAUCACAAUGCUCAAUGUCUGGAGGCGAUACGUCAAUAGCAGCUUCUCAGAUUCGUGGUGUGCGGAUCACGGCAUCAACCCUGCCGUAAUGCAGAAGGUGAGACGUUCCUUCGCGAGGAUAGUAAGAACGAAUUUGAGGCUGCAAUCCAAGGAUGAGAGGUUCGCGGCGGCUCGUAAGGCGAUUGGUUUGAGCUUGGUUGAGUGUGUCUGUCGGUCGAUUACCGCUGGGUACUUUGAAAACGCUGCCAUGGUUGAGCCGGAUGGAUCAUAUCUCGUAGCUUUACCAGGAAGAAGGGUCAAGAUACACCGCCAGAGUGUGCUAUACAAAAGGAUGCCGAAGUGGGUGACAUACAUGGAUCUCUCGCAAAGUUCUACGACGUGCGAAAUGAAAGAUGUCACGGUCAUACAACCACAAUGGCUCACGGAGUACGCCAGACAUCUCUUCGAAACUGUGACAGAGAAGUUUCAAUCGUAA